CACUUUCUUUCUUUUUCUAAACAAAACGCAAUUUUAGAAUUAAUUAGUGUCUGUGUUUGAAAAUAUACACUCAUCUUUUUCACAGUGAAAGUAGGAAGCUCACAAUAGUGUGAAAAUGAAAUGCCGUUGUGAGGCGUUCGAUUUGCGAGCUAAACAGGCCUGAGUUACCCCCCUUAGAUUAUGACGUAAUUGGUGCCAAUUUAACUGGGUUCCUGUCUAUUCUCAGCGCAAAAUAUAUCAAGUACCAGUUUACGGUAAAACAACAUGGCCUACGAGUCCAGCUCAUCGUCUGAUAGUGAAGAAUUUUCGUUUGACCAGACAGAAAUUGUAAAGCCAUAUGCUUUUGAGCCAACACCUGAACAUUUCCCGAACUUCAAGAUAAAGUCAAGAUAUGGCGACGAAGAAGAAACAAGCGAAGACCUCUUAUUCGUGUCGUCAGCCUCCGACCCAUCUACUGAACAACCGACGAGACCACUGUGGUGUACAUGUGGUUGCUGUGUGGGAAUGCAGUCUGAGGUAGAGGAGCUGUGUUGUGUUGAUGUUGCUCCUGUCCAGAAUAAGCUUGAUGACACAUCUACCUGCAACUUCAGCUGCAUCACUUACCACCCUGGCCUCUAUGAAGUGUCACUGAGCAAGUAUGGAAUGGAGGCGUACUACAAUGAGUUCAUUGACACCAGUGGUCCGAUAGGAGAUGAUGAACCAGUACACAAAAUUUACCGACAUCUCGCCUACAGGAGAUUCACCUACUGGAUUUGGCAAAAGUUAGGAAAGAAUCAUCGAAAAGUUAUUCCUUCUUGUGUUGUACAUAAAAUUCGUGAAAGAUUUCCAUCGGAUGUGUAUACGGGUUUCCUCUAUUCUCACUAAAAUAAAUACUGUUUUAUUGAAAUCUGGUUUUAUGAUUUCUGACAACAAUCUGUUUUUGUUGUUUCUUUCCAUGAGUGUCAGUUAUGCAGGGUGGCUGGUUCUCACUGAGGGAGUUGUUGGCAAGGUUAAAACUCGUAAACUCUGUUCGGAGGUAUGACACUUCAUGUAGCAGCUCGCCAA